AUGUCGGUGCUGGACGCGCUCUGGGAGGACCGGGACGUCCGCUUCGACGUGUCCUCGCAACAAAUGAAAACAAGACCUGGAGAAGUCCUUAUUGAUUGUUUAGAUUCAAUUGAAGACACCAAAGGAAAUAAUGGGGAUAGAGGUAGACUCUUAGUAACAAAUUUAAGAAUUCUCUGGCACUCUUUGGCAUUAUCAAGAGUCAAUCUUUCUAUUGGUUACAACUGCAUACUGACUAUUACAACAAGGACUGCUAACUCUAAAUUACGAGGCCAAACUGAAGCCCUUUAUAUACUAACAAAAUGUAACAGUACUCGUUUUGAGUUUAUAUUUACAAAUUUGAUUCCUGGAAGUCCUAGACUUUUUACUUCUGUGAUUGCAGUACACAGAGCAUAUGAAACUUCUAAAAUGUAUCGUGAUUUUAAAUUGAGAAGUGCACUAAUUCAAAAUAAGGAACUAAGGUUAUUACCACAAGAACAUGUAUAUGAUAAAAUCAAUGGAGUAUGGAAUUUAUCCAGUGAUCAGGGAAAUUUGGGAACCUUUUUUAUUACCAAUGUGAGAAUUGUGUGGCAUGCAAAUAUGAAUGACAGUUUUAACGUCAGUAUACCAUAUCUGCAAAUUCGUUCAAUAAAGAUUAGAGAUUCAAAAUUUGGGUUAGCUCUUGUCAUAGAAAGCUCUCAGCAGAGUGGAGGAUAUGUUCUUGGCUUUAAAAUAGAUCCUAUGGAAAAACUACAGGCAUCAGUUAAGGAAAUCAAUUCACUUCACAAAGUCUAUUCUGCCAGUCCUGUAUUUGGAGUAGAUUAUGAGAUGGAAGAAAAGCCACAGCCUCUCGAAGCUCUGACAGUUGAACAAAUUCAAGACGAUGUAGAAAUAGACUCUGAUGAUCAUCCAGACGCUUCUGUGGCUUAUUUUGCUGAUGGCAAUAAGCAACAAGAUCGUGAACCUGUAUUUUCAGAAGAACUGGGGCUUGCAAUAGAGAAAUUGAAGGAUGGAUUCACCCUACAGGGACUUUGGGAAGUAAUGAGUUGA